AAAAUAAACAUCAUUUCGUGACCUGCACGGUCCACAGUUCCACACUCCAUAUCGCUUCUUCAGUCUUUCUCCUGACAAGUACGCAAGAGGAGAUUUCGAACAUGUCAAAGAAAAGAGGCCUUUCUUUGGAAGACAAACGUGAGCAGAUUCUUAAAAUCUUCUAUGAAUCUCAAGAUUUCUUCCUUCUUAGAGAACUAGAGAAGUUGGGCCCCAAGAAAGGUGUUAUCAGUCAGUCUGUGAAAGAUGUUGUGCAAAGUCUGGUGGACGAUGACCUUGUUUUGAAGGACAAGAUAGGCAUCUCUGUUUACUUUUGGAGUCUUCCGAGUUGUGCUGGAAAUCAGCUGAGGAAUGUGCACCGCAAACUAGAAUCUGAUCUUGAAAUCAGUACAAAAAGGCUUGCAGAGCUUAUGGACCAGAGGGAUGGAUUAAAGAAGGGCAGAGAGGAAUCUGAUGAGCGAGGGCAGGCCUUGGAUGAACUGAAAGCCAUUGAAGGCAAGUAUAACGAGCUGAAGGACGAAUUGGGGAGAUAUGCUGACAAUGAUCCAGCUGCACUUGAAGCAAUGAGUAAUGCAAUUGAGGUUGCCCAUGCAUCAUCUAACAGGUGGACAGACAAUAUCUUCACACUAAGGCAGUGGUGUUCAAACAAUUUUCCCGAAGCCAAAGAACAGCUUGAACACAUGUACAGGGAGGUGGGAAUAGCAGAUGACUUUGAUUAUUUGGAGGCCUCAGUGUUGCUUCCACCCAACGUAGUAGGUGAUUAGAUCCUAAAGGGUGUAUCAAAAUGAGUAACUAUAGAUCAAGGAAUAGCUUAUGUGCUCAUGCUGGCUGCCCUGGUGCUUACCUACAUCAUUCAUUGAAACUCUUUAAAGGCAAAGAUGUGGAAAGAGAGAUUGAU